CACCGUUCUUCACCAUAAGGCUACCGGCGUCUAGAUGCGGAGGAGGCUUGUGCAUUAUUUAAGGAAAUGUCCACCAAAGUUAAAGGUUGAUUGAUUGCUUCUAAAUCAACAUGUGUUAUCCUGACAUUCAUCUACUAUACGUGAUAACGAGAAGACGUCAUCCAUCAUGAUUUUUAAAGUCUGAACAUUCUGAACAAACUACCUCAACCAUGUUGUCAAGAUGUGUCGUUGCACGCAACUCUCUGAAGUGGAAGUGUUGCUGGAAAUCUAAUGUUGACAUUAAUUAUUGGUCUUCCAAUCCAAGGUGUUGCUUUUUUGCAAAUGUAGUCCAGAGGAAAACUCAUACAUGGAUGAGAGCACCCUCAUCAAGGAUAAGCCGGAAGCCGGUGUUUGCUCGAGCUCCAGCAUUUGAAAACAGAACAGCCGUGAUAGACAGUAGUGGGAGCCACAGCUACAAGCAGCUGUAUGCUAACAGCUUGGGCCUUGCAGGGAGAAUCAACGCCGCACUACACUCUGACUUAGGACGGCUGGAAGGUAAACCAAUCUCCUUCUUGUGUGCUAAUGAUGCUUCUUAUACGGUGGCCCAGUGGGCGACUUGGAUGAGUGGUGGGACAGCAGUUCCACUGUACAAAAAACACCCACCAUCAGAACUGGAGUACAUUAUCACAGAUUCCCAGACUGCCCUGCUGGUGGCGGGGGACCCCUAUGCUGAAACGUUGGAGCCCCUGGCACAGAGACUGGGUCUGCCUUGUCUGACACUUCCCCCUUCUUCAAAACUCAGCAUGUUACACAACAGUGACACCCAAGACUUGGAGGAGGCCAGCAAGGACUGGGCUGAGAGGCCGGCCAUGGUUAUUUACACCAGUGGUACUACAGGGAGGCCCAAGGGUGUUCUACAUACACACAGCAGCAUCCAAGCUAUGGUGGAGUGUCUGGUCUCUGAGUGGGCGUGGUCCCAAGAUGACAUCAUUCUCCACACGCUGCCACUCCACCAUGUCCACGGCAUUGUAAAUAAGCUGCUGUGCCCUCUCUGGGUCGGCGCCACUUGCGUCAUGCUGCCUGAAUUCCAUCCUCAAAAGGUAUGGGAGAUGCUGCUGAACUCCAAAGCUCCACUGGUUAAUGUUUUCAUGGCUGUGCCAACUAUCUACUCCAAACUGAUCGACUAUUACGAUCAGCACUUUACUCAGCCCCAUGUCAAGGACUUUGUCAAAGCAGUGUGCAAAGAGAGGAUAAGACUCAUGGUUUCUGGGUCUGCUGCUCUCCCGCUGCCCACUCUGCAGCGCUGGGAGGACAUCACGGGGCACACACUGCUGGAACGCUACGGCAUGACUGAGAUUGGCAUGGCACUGUCCAACCCUCUGAAGGGCCCUCGCAUCCCAGGAGCUGUAGGGUUGCCGCUGCCAGGUGUGGAAGUGCGAAUUGUAAUGAAUAACACAACCAACACCACAAUUGUAGAGGGAAACCACAGAGAAAGUCAGGUACGGCCAGGUCUAGCUGGGAAGGAAGGGGAGCUCCUGGUCCGAGGUCCAUCUGUCUUUAAGGAGUACUGGAACAAACCUCAAGACACCACAGAGUCUUUUACAGAUGACGGCUGGUUUAAAACAGGUGAUACAGCAGUAUUUAAAGAUGGUGCAUAUUGGAUCAUGGGCCGCACCAAAGUUGACAUCAUCAAGAGUGGCGGCUACAAGAUCAGCGCCCUCGAAGUGGAGCGCCACCUCCUGGCCCAUCCAGACAUCAUAGACAUCGCUGUGAUCGGGGCACCAGAUGAUACAUGGGGGCAAAAGGUCACUGCAGUGGUUCAGCUGAAGGAGGGUCAGAGUUUGACCUUGCCGGAGUUGAAGACAUGGGCAAGAGAGCACAUGGCGCCCUACACCAUCCCCACAGGCCUGCUUCUAGUGGACGAGAUACCAAGGAACCAAAUGGGCAAGGUCAACAAGAAGGACCUCCUCAGACUAUUUUUCCCAUGAAGGCACCACAAUCAACUGUAUGACAUAUUUUACAUGUACUAUAUGUUUAUACCUCACAGCACGAGAACAUGGCCUCCUCUAAUGAGGUAUGUUGGCUUAAAAAAAAAAGAGGUAACUUUUGUAACCUUUUUUUCUGUACUUUGCCUUUAGCCCAAAGGCUCCAGCUCACCUGCGACCCUAAUGAGGACUGUAAAAUUGAUGCAUUCUCAUUAAAUGAGAGCAUGUUGCAAAUAAAAAGUCCCUUCCACCUAACUGUUGUACUGUAUAUGCAGUAAACGGAUUGCUGAAGAGGUCAAAUGUGUGCUUGUGAUUACAAGUUCAUGCUAAAUUGCAAACUUGAAUAGCAAGCUGGAAAAAUCACAGCUUUCCAAAUCAAAUGAAGCAAGACUGAAGACCUUUCAAAUGAAACCUUGCCCUUACUUACCGUAAUUUCUCAUGUAUAAUGCGCAACCCCGAAGUUGACCUCAAAAUUCUGGAAAACCCUUCAACCUAUGUAUAAUGCAUUUUUACAAUCCAUGAUUUUGCUUCUACCCAUACGAUCAAAACAUGAAGUAUUAUCUGUA